AUGAGGUAUGAUGCUGGAACCGUGUGUUUAUGCAGAGAUGACCUUCAACAUACAACAUCAACACAACAUGCAACAUCAACACAAAAUACAACAUCAACACAACAUACAACAUCAACACAACAUACAACAUCAACACAAAAUACAACAUCAACACAACAUACAACAUCAACACAAAAUACAACAUCAACACAACAUACAACAUCAACACAAAAUACAACAUCAACACAACAUCAACACAACACAACACACAACAUCAACACAACAUACAACAUCAACACAACAUACAACAUCAACACAAAAUACAACAUCAACACAAAAUACAACAUCAACACAACAUACAACAUCAACACAACAUGCAACAUCAACACAACAUACAACAUCAACACAACAUGCAACAUCAACACAACAUGCAACAUCAACACAACAUACAACAUCAACACAACAUGCAACAUCAACACAACAUACAACAUCAAUACAAAAUACAACAUCAACACAACAUCAAUACAACAUCAACACAACAUGCAACAUCAACACAACAUACAACAUCAAUACAAAAUACAACAUCAACACAACACAACACACAACAUCAACACAAAAUACAACAUCAACACAACAUACAACAUCAACACAAAAUACAACAUCAACACAAAAUACAACAUCAACACAACAUACAACAUCAACACAACAUCAACACAAAAUACAACACAACAUACAACAUCAACACAAAAUACAACAUCAACACAAAAUACAACAUCAACACAAAAUACAACAUCAACACAACAUACAACAUCAACACAAAAUACAACAUCAACACAACAUACAACAUCAACACAAAAUACAACAUCAACACAACAUACAACAUCAACACAAAAUACAACAUCAACACAAAAUACAACAUCAACACAACAUACAACAUCAACACAAAAUACAACAUCAACACAACAUCAACACAACAUGCAACAUCAACACAACAUACAACAUCAACACAACAUGCAACAUCAACACAACAUGCAACAUCAACACAAAAUACAACAUCAACACAACAUGCAACAUCAACACAACAUACAACAUCAAUACAAAAUACAACAUCAACACAAAAUACAACAUCAACACAAAAUACAACAUCAACACAAAAUGCAACAUCAACACAACAUACAACAUCAAUCAAGUUCAGAAUUGACCACGGGAUGA